GAAGAAAAGCUCGUUCAGCUCCAAGAAUGGCCUCGGAACGGGCAUCGCCGUCUACUUUCUCUCAGCGUCAGUGAAUUGUCGUAUCGUAUCAGUACAGUAACUGGGUGGGUGUCUUCAAUUCCUUCGGUCCGUUUCCCUUAACUUCGGCUUCUGCUUCACUUCUCUCUCUGUAGUCCAAGCAUCCGACUGCCACAGCCCCCAUCUUGAUCUUCCUUCAACUCCGGCAAACUUUGCAAUUCGGCGGCUACCCUCAAUUUCUCCUUCUGCCAGCUUCCUGGUAACCGAAAUGGAUAAAGCAUGUGAUGGUUCCAGCAAAUGGGCAGAAGAUAUUUAUUGGACCCAUUUUCAGUUCACCCACUUCUAUCAAAUUCUUGCCGGUGGUUGUGAGCAGCAACUUGUAAUUCCAAACAAAUUUGCAAACAAUUUAAAAAAGAAACUUCCGUCAACCGUGACUCUUAAAGGUCCUAGUGGUGCUACAUGGGAUGUGGGAUUGACUUCCAAUGAUAAUAAAUUGUAUUUCAAACAUGGCUGGCAAGACUUUGUGAAGGCUCAUUCUUUGGAGCAGAAUGAUCUUUUGAUUUUUAGGUACAAUGGAGGGUCCCAGUUUGAUGUUUUAGUAUUCGAUUGGAAGAGCUUUUGUGAGAAGGAAGCAUCAUAUUUUGUAAAAAUUUGCGAGCAUAAAAAAGGCGAUGACGGAUACCAGGCUAAGAGGAAGCUUAGAGAACCCUCUUUGGAUGACUUUGAUGCUGAUACUAACAAUGGUGCUGAAUGUGCUUCCUCUGAAAAUAUUAUACAUGAUGACAGUAUGGAACGUAUGAUACAGGACGUUGUUUCCAAAGCUACAAAUCUGAAUGGUCAACCAGAGGUUUGUUCGGCUGAGCCUAUACAAACAAUGCGGACUAGAAGAAAGAAAGAAACUCCAAAUAAUGCAACAAUUCUGACUCCCCCUCCUAUUCAGAUCUCAGAUUCUGAUGUGGCAGCUACUCCUAUUAAGAAAAUCGGGUCAUAUGCUGAGCAUUACGUAUCCAAUCGAAGGGCUAUAACAGAAGAUGACAAGAUCAAUGCCCUGAAGUUGGCAGAAGCAGCAUCAAGUGAUGGUAGUUUCAAAGUUGUUAUGCGACCUUCACACGUGUACAGGAGAUUCUUUCUGUUUAUCCCCACUCAGUGGGUUACAAAAAAUCUCUCCCUACGCAACCAAGAUGUAAUACUCCGUUUUGGAAAUGAUGAAUGGCCAACCAAAUUCAACUUUACCCAGAGUCGUCAAUGUGGUGGUCUUACAAGUGGAUGGAAACAUUUUGCUAUUGAUAACAAUUUAGAAGAGUAUGACGUAUGUGUCUUCGAGCCUGUCGUUAAAACAAGUGGGCCUGUGGUCCUGGAGGUCAAAAUCUUCCGUGUUGUCGAAGAUGCUAUCCCUCUCACUCGUGUGUCAUCAUCAAAGAGCAACCGGAAGCUAAUCAAAGCCACCUGAAGCAUGACUUGGCAAGUUCCUGAAAUGUUUAGUACCUAAUGUUAAGACCCAUGAAUUACUGUCUGUAUAAUAUUGUAGCUAAUAACUCUGCUUUAACAUACACACCAGUUUGUUACUGGGACCUGUUGGUCGCUAAUGUUUGUUUGAUCCCAUGCCCAUUCUGCCAUCUGUUAUAUCUAUCAGUAGAGUAAUCCAACUUUGUGCUUAGGAGUUACCAGCUUCAAUCACAGUUCUAUAACUUUUGAUGUGAAACAA